CUUUUUUCGUACUCUCUUUUUUUUUCAUGAAGACUCGGUUUUUCGUGGUCUUGGUAUCCGCGACAAAAAGUUGUCGCUCUUUAUUGUACGUGUAUCUGUUACGGAGUGGAAAUCAUGAUCAUGUUUUUAUUUUUAUUUAUAACUUAACACAUUACGGUUGAAAUAACGCUUUCUCUAUGUCUGGUAAAGAACAAGAGAUUUUUCACACUUUCACGAAGAAAGCGCGAUCGAUUGAGCGUAACGAUCUAAAAUAAGUUUUUUGUUUGUCCUUGUUUCUUCAACGCCAUCUUUCCUGGAGGACUGUAGCUUGUUUAACGAGUGGGAAAAAUGCUCAGUACGACUUUUCGAUCCAUCCGAUUCAAAUAAUAUAUUCCACUUGCUUCCCGAUAACCUAGUAUCGUUAUAAAUCGCGACAAAAAUCAUGGGAUAUUCAUUACUUAUCCUCGUAAUCUUCAACGUUACUCUCUUGCCGGCAACGUGUCGUAAUUAUCGUAGAAUAAGAGAUAACAACAAUGCCAAUCUUCCAAACUCUCGUCAAGACGACGUCAACUCGAUUCGACGAAUUUUCAGUGAUGAUUUACCGCGACGAGCCCUCGUUGAUAUUCUGCAAAAAGGACAGUACUUUCAAGACAUAUUCUCUGAACACCUCGAGCCCCUGAAAAUUCAAUUUGGACAUGUAUGUGAAAAUCCUCACGAAUGGGAGCAGCGGUUCGAACGGAAGGAUCUGAAAAACAAUCAACACCAGGGCAAGGUUCGUUGGGGCAAUAAAAAUGCAGAAUAUGGUGAACACUACUGGGAUCUCAAUCACGGUCAAUAAAUUCGUUGUAUAUAUAUAAUAAUAAUACCAAAAAAGUAAAGAAAGAACGCCAAGGAUUUAAAAAUUGCGACCUUUAGUUAUAAAACGACCAAUCUAUGUACAUGGAAGAGAAAGUAUAUAGAAGAGAGCGUUUUUGGCGAGAGGGGUCGCGGCCGGACGCACCGUCAUUCUUGCCCAAUGGCGCGCAUAAAGCGGGAAUAGCUUGGGUGAGACGAAAAAGUAGAGAAAUAUUCCACUAUUAUUACAAGAUGAACGUGUAGUUUGAUGUAAACACGUGCUCUUUGUGUCUUGCCUUAAAGGCCGGAAGUUCCCUAAAAAUUCAAUUUUAAUUGACGAAACUAUACCUCGAGAUUUCCUUCACGAAUCAACUUUCAAGAAAAAUCA